CUCGACGAGAGUCAAAUGAUUCUAUAACGUUCUACCAUUCGUAAUGUCGAUAAUGAUAAAACGUUCGAUAUUACUUUUGUAUAUUUUUGUGUUGUAUUCGAUUAUCGUUAGUGCAAUUGUACCAGUUUCGAAAAAUGUUGAAAUUGAAAGCAAUGUUAGAGACGAUAAUAAUAUUAUCGAAACGCAAUAUGCAGUUUGUAAAAUUUCAACGGAGGAUUUAGUCGCAAACGCACAUGCUACCGUAACAAAAGUUCUCACAGGAGCCUGCAAUGCAAAAACAGUAGAAGCGAGAUUUGAAAAAUUAGAAAAAAAUUUAUCCGACGAAUUACAGGAGAUCAAGAUACUUCUUCGUACAUUAAUGGAACAACGUGAUACUUCUUCAAAAAUCAAUGAUACGAUUUAUCGAAAUAACAAACAAAACGUUAAAUCUAAUUACAAGAUUUUUUACAACGAUCAUAAUGUUUCUCCAAGGCAAAAUGAGAUCAAUGAAUUUAAUUAUACGAUUAAAACGGAAUCAUUGAAUAAAUCCUUAAACGUUUUUACGUAUUAUUGGGAAAUUAGGGGUUUCGAGGAGAAACUUUCGAAAUGGGAUAGAACACGUUACGAACGUAGUUCAACCUUUUACGUGGGUCAACCUGGAUACGCGAUGUAUUUAAAAAUUGUACCGAAAUAUUUUCCAGAUGGUACAGUGUUUAUAAGCGUUGGUUUAACGAGUGGUCAAUACGAUUCGUUCGUUAAAUGGCCGUUCUCUUAUAAAAUCCAAUUGUCGAUUUUAGAUCAGUCAUUAGAAAAAUUAAAAGAGGAUAGACCUUCUCGUAUUUGGGAUCCAACUGCACUUUGUACAGAAUAUUUUUGGAAACGUCCUACAUCGAUUGGUGAAACAGAUAAUCCAGAAUGUGUUGGUUUAAGUAUCCCAAGAAAUGUUAUACUCUCUAGAUUACCUUUGAUUUUUCGUACUGGUACAAGUCAUUCUCGAUAUAUUUGGAAUGACAGUAUAUUAGUGAAACUUGUUAUCUAUUUUUAAGUAUUAUCGAU